CUUAUUUAGUAAAUAAUUGAGGUAUUAAACAUUAUCAAGCUUUAUUUUGAUCUUCUUGGCAUUUCAGGUGUUGAUGAUUGCAUACUUGUUGUCCCCUCUGAUCCUGUUCAGAGUCAUGUUUAUCUUCUUGAGGCCACAAGAAGCUACUAAAUGUGUGAAGUACUCUAUAUCCUCAAUAUCUUGGUUGUUUAUAUCAUUACUAGCCAUGUUCAGGAUCUCUAGAGACUUGUUCUUGGGCAAAGCCUCCAAGAUUCUCUGGAGUCCUUUAACUUUCAUUGAGUUGAAGGAUAGAUUUAUCCUCUUGCAGGCAUUUUUGGCUUUGAGAAAUCUGUGAAUACCUUCUCUUCAAUUUUUGGUAAUCUCGUUUAGACUUAGGUUAAUGUCCUGUAACACAGAAUGUCGUUUGAUGCUAUCAAGAAUUUUAGACGCUCCUCUGUUACCAAAGCAAUUUCCACUGAGGUCAAGUGAUAUGAGUGCUUUCAGAUUUUUAAGGGCUUUAGAUAGUUUCGGGCAAAUUUCCGGUCCCAGAAGGUUUCCGCUGAGAUCAAAGAACUGGAUGUAUUUGAGGUCACCCAAAUUUUUCAGUAUGAUAUCUGCUUGGCUCUUAGUCAUGGAUACAUUUGACAAUCAGAGCUUUCGUAAGGAAUCUUUACCUUUAUUUAAAAUAUUAUCACCCCAGAAUUUUUGCCAUUGUCUUAGUGGAACCCAAUGGGAGAGGAACUUGGGAUUUCAACUAAUCUUGAAGAUUUCUAUUGUGUUGAUUCUUUUAAAAUGAUCAAGUAAGAGCCCUAAUGGGAAAUGGAUUUCAGUGAUUUCAACGUUAGCUGCUUUUCUACGAAUGUUGGUAAAUAUCCUCUCCAAUCUUUUAAUACUUGGAAGGCCUAUCUUAGGAGGCUCCUCACUCUUCUCUUCUUUCUCCUUGUUUUCAUCUUUGUCAAUAUAUCAACGAUUGUAAAUGAAAGAAUUUUGCUUUAUCCUGCGUUUUUGAGCAGUAUUAAAUGUCCUCUUAUCACAGAAAAGAGUCAUUAUCGCAUCUAUUUCUGUAUGCCAUUCUUUAAUCUGCUUAAGUUUGGAGGUAUUUGGCAUAACAGUCUCAAGCGUAGCGUCUGUGGGCUCAUCCUCAUCCACUGAAGAAUCAAAUCUUUUGUUCUCACUUUUCAGUUGUCUCUUCAUCUUUCCCACUUUGGAUAGCUAAAUUUAGAGUUUGGUUAUUAUAUUAAGUCUUGUUGUAAGUGAAGCUUAACUUUUAA